AUGUCGAGUGGUGGUGGUACAUCUCACUAUGGCACAGCACCUCUUAGCACAGGCGUGUUGCCUACUCGUCUUUCAGGAACAUCACUCUCGGAUCGAGUUGGAUCGUUUGUUGGAUCGUAUUCUAGAACGUCUCUCAUGUUCAUGGCCGAGAAUUUAGCUGUUCCCGCACCAUCCACCCCAGUGUUUGAUGAAGAAGCUGACAAGCAUUCCACUUCAUCCUUUGGAUCUCUCUCAAGGCACUUGUCGGGCGGAGAAACAGGUGGCUAUCACUAUCAACGUCGACCCUCAUCACACAUGGAAUCACAGGAGCGUGCAUCACUCUUUAUGAGUGAGAUUGACAAGAUGCUAUCCACACACAGCGUUGCCACGGUUGCGGAUGAUUAUCGAUUAGCAAGUGUGCUUAGCAGCAAUCCUCAGUCGAUCACACCAGCCAUGAUGGACGAUAGGAAAAAGUCAUCUUUUGCUCAAUCCAUUUUCAAUUCAAUCAACAUUUUACUCGGUGUUGGGAUUCUUGCGUUACCACUUGGAUUCAAGGUCGCGGGAUGGGCUGCAGGAUUGUUGAUUUUCGGCUUUUGUUGUCUUUUGACAAACUACACUGCCAAGUUGCUUGGUCGAUGCUUGGAAGUCGAUCCUAGUUCACGCACUUUUGGUGAUCUUGCAGGAGCUACUUUUGGUAUGCGUGGUCGUGUCUUUGUUACAACACUCUUUGUCACUGAGCUUAUCACCAACAGCGUUGCCAUGGUGAUUCUUUUGAGUGACGGCUUGGAUGCAUUGUUCCCUGGAUUUCAUUCCAUCACGCUUCGUAUCAUCUCAUUCUUUAUUUUGACGCCUAUGCUCUUUUUCCCGGUGCGGUACCUAUCCUAUUCAAGCUUGCUUGGGAUUAUUAGUGCACUUAGUAUCAUUGGCGUAAUGUUUUAUGAUGGUUUUACCAAACAUGAUGCACCUGGAAGUUUGAUUGAGCCUGCAGACACUGAAAUAUGGCCAUCCCAGUACCAACGAUUGCCAUUGAGCUUUGGUCUCAUCAUGGCUGGAUUUGCCUCACAUGCCGUUUUUCCUACUGUAUACCGUGACAUGGAUAAUCCCAAACGAUACGAUACAAUGGUGAAUUGGACCUAUGUUGCAACCACUAUGGUAUAUCUCCUUGUAGCCGUUUGUGGGUAUUUGAUGUUUGGAUCACAAACAAUGCAAGAGAUUACACAAAACCUCGUUUUGGUGCCUGAGUAUAAUCAAGCAUUGAAUAGGCUGGCAGUGUGGUUGAUUGCCCUCCAACCCAUUGCAAAGUAUGGUUUGAACAUGAAUCCCGUCAAUUUAAGCUGGCAGAUUGUAGUAUUCCGACAACCAUGGAUUGAAGCUUGGUGUGCUCGUGGAUCAUGGCGAGAGCCGAUUCUCACAUUUAUUGGCAAGGCAAUGGUCAGCGUGAUGAUUGUGGCAUUAGCCUACUAUAUCCCAGGGUUCGAAAAGAUCAUGGCAUUGCUUGGAUCGUUCUUUUCAUAUGUCAUAUCCGGUAUCAUCCCUAUACUGUGCUAUCUACGGUUCUUUGGUGACACCUUGACGGGUCCAGAAAAGUUCUGGAACUGGGUACUUAUCAUUAUUUCAUCCUUUAUGGCACUCACCGGUACCAUGUGGAGCUUCCUUUAA